CAGUCUACGCAGCUCCGACCGGCGCGCGGCGAGUCAGCCUCCGGAGCGCACCGGAACUCAGCUCCCGUCUCACAUCGCGACUAAAAUUCAAAAACAGAACAUCCUGGCCACUAACAACAGAAAAAUAAAAUAAAUAACACUUCCGAUUGCCAUAGAGUAUUUAAAAAUGAUGUUCUUCGAUCCCGCGUUUGAAUUUCGAAAAUAGAACUCCUAACCUCAUUUUCGAAGACGGGGUAGUGUGUGAACGUAAAUUGGGUAUUUUAUUCGUGAAACAUUUGCUUUGUGUUUAUCUUUUUGAAGGGAAAAGUGUGUUCUGGAUUUCCUCCUGCAGAUCUGAGGCAAGUGACAUCCCGGAGUGACCCUCGACCCACUACAAUGUGAAACUGAAAACUAAAACAGGAUGAAAAUCAAAAGGACUUCCUAAACACCAAAACAAAAUGACGAACGUCAAAAUAAAACUGAUGUUUUUUGUUCUAAACGCACUUCUAACCGCAGAUUUUGUUCACGCCAGGCCCUACAACUCUAGCAACACUGACCAAAUUUACUUCAACAACACUACUGGUGAAAACUACAGCAUACCGGUCGAGGUUGACUCUGACACCCUGGUCGUGGCCAACGAUGAUCAAACACAAGAACAACAGAACAAGAAUUCUAAAACAGCCAUGGACUCUAUGGUAAACGCAGAGCAAGGUAGAGACGAACUCAUCCUCUCAAAAAAACAGCAGAAAGAGCCAGCUAAAGCACCAGAAAUACCAAAAGAGGACGCCGUGGCUCUAGAGAAACAACUCAACAUAUCAAGUCCACUUCUAGAAGAGAUCAUCGACUCAGAAACGGGAAGAGAAGAAACGUUGACUGACAUCAUGUUUAGGCCAGAAUUGGAAGGACCAAGAUUUGAAUUCCUGAUAUCUGGUAAAAUCAAUGAUACGGGGAACUCCAGUGUUAUUAGGAUAGGUGAUAAUGAGUUAGGCAAGUUUGAUAAGAACACUAGUGAAGUGAUAAAGAAGAGUGAUUAUGUAGAGUUGGUGGCUGUUGGGAAGAACUCUAAGAUAAGUGAAAAUAAAAGUGCAUACAACCUGCUGAAUAUCACGGGACACGAGGUGGAGAAUGACUUGGAUCCAGACCCAAACUUCCUGUCCGUGUUCGCAGGGUACACGGACCUGCAGACGCUGUUCCUCGCCUGUGCUGCUACCCUGCUGCCACUGCUCGCCAUCCUGUUCGCUACUCUGUGUGUCAGAUGCCUGAUCCGGCGGCUGUGCCCGCGCUCGUGCCGCUCCUCCGUCUCCACGGACUCCGAGAGCAGUGACCAGAAGGCUGAUAAUAACCAGCGUAAGUCCGUAGACGCAUCCACCAACACGGCGGACCGCACGCUCGAAACCGACUGCGACGCUCCGGCGGCUAACGGCUCCAUCAUCACCAUGACCCUCAAGAACAACCACCUCAUCGUGGAGACGGAGGAAAGGAGUGACAUCACCAGAAACGGGCGCGAGACCAAGAUGAAGUACUCCCCCGACAACGACGGCAUCUUCGUGGUGGAGGUCCAGCAGUCCGCCGUCUACCGCUCCAGCUCCAAGUCUCUGAACUCGCCGGCCCACGACCCGCAGAUCUCCACCAACCAGGCCCUCAUACAUCGGGUCCCGGAAGAAAGAGACAACAAGAUUGUAAAAACUCUUAGCAUUGACGAAGGAAGCGAGAGAAGCAGCGACAGGUUUGAGAAGGGAAAAGGUUUGGCCCUUUCCAAUACUGGUUUGUCAAUUUCUGAUCUCAGCAUGUCGUCUAUAGGAUCACACAAUGCCAGCUACUCCUACGGAAGCCAGGUCGGCUACGAACAAGGCCCGUUCGGAUACCCAGUUUACGCCGGUUACGAUGUGCCGAAAGAGUAUAUAGGCGACGGAAUCAUCCACGAUCACUCCCGCGAACCUCUUAUCGCUAAGACACCAACUGACCCUGACAAGCCGGUGGUUACUGCUGCUAUAUUCAAGCAGGAUUCUAUAAUAGGAAGUGAUGCCUUGCAAGGGCCUGGGUACUGUAUCGAGGGGUCGAGCGACGGACCACUGCUAUCUGACGUGCAGGCCAGGGAGGUCAGUCUGCAGCACAUCCAUGACCAAAUGGAGAAGAAGUUGGAAAACGGCACUGACAUCCAUGUGGUGGAAAAAGUUGAGAGUCCUAAAAAGCAGCUCUGUAGAGCCGAUAGCUUACCAAUGAGGCUGGAGAACGAGAAACCUCCCGAACCAGUUAUAGAUAAAACGGCACCUAUGGACACGAUCACAGAAGAUGAAACUGCUAUAAACAACGCGAUGUUGAAAGGAAAAAGAGCGUCCCUUCCUAUUAUUAGGACGGAAAUGUACGAAUCGGUGAAAGAUGCCCUUAUACCGACGGGGUCGCCGAAAUUCGAGAAGUUUGCAAACGAAGUGUCUCCUAGCGAUACCUACGCUGACAACCCGCCACCCAUGAUCACCAUCACUGAGGAAGAAUCCCCAAAACACGAGAACGGCAGUAGUUAAUAAGAAGUUGAUCGGUAAGAAUAUUAAUUAAUUCAAACAUGUGAUGUUCCGCAGAAUUUCGAUAAUCGUUUGCUUCCGC